GGGGCGAGCGGCGGGCGGGGGCAGCGCGGUCGCCGCCGCCGCCGGGGCGCAGCUGCCCGCCGCCGGGCGCUGUGUGCGCGCACGGGCCGCGCUCCUGCCUGCCUGCGCCCACACACGCACCCGGACACCGACACGGACACGCACCCGCCGUGCGCUGCGCAUCCAGCCCUGCCGGUGCUGCCCGGCCGACCCCCGCCCCAGCGGGACGGCCGCUUCGCGCCCGCCUGCGGUUCCUCCGCGGCGCUCCCUGCCCGGCCCGGCUCGGCUCGGCCCGGCUCGGCUCGGCUCGGCUCGGCACGGCCCUGCUUGUCCUGCCUGCCGGCGUCCCGCGGGCGCGGAGCCGACGGGGAUGGGCGGGAGGAUGCGCCUGAGCCGCGUCUGCUGCGUGUUCUACCAGCUGUGCGUGCUGUCAAGCGGGCUGGCCGCGGGUCUCCAUGCUUCAGAAGAAACUGAGGAGUGGGAGAUCGUCUUCCCUGCGCUGUGGAGCAGGGGCCAGCAGGAGCCGGCAGGUGGCAGUGGUGGUGGUGGGGGCUGCAGCGCCGACCCCAGCUGUGGGAACCGGAGCAGCACCCUCAGCGCCCCUGUCACACCUAGCCAGGUGGCCGGCAGUUCCCGGGAGGUGCGUUCAGUCUCCUCCUCGGUGGAGGGGCAGGCGCAGGCUGUGGGGGAGGCGGCAGAGGAAGAGGACACUGAGGAUGAGUAUGAGUCUCAGGAGUUUUACCACUGGUCCCCCCUGCCCCAGGGGUCUGGUGCUGCCUCUCAGUUGCCACUACCACCAUCCCCCCCGCCACCGCCUCCAGCAGAGGAUGGAGAUGAAGUGCUGCUGAGGAUCCCGGCUUUUGCUCGGGAACUCUACCUGCUGCUCAAGAGGGACAGCCGCUUCCUGGCUCCUGGCUUUGCCGUGGAGGAGCGGCUUGGGGGUGAGGGCAAAAGCCCACCCACUGCUGCACAGUCGCAACCUGAGAGAGCUUGUUACUACAGUGGUGCUGUCCUCCACUACCCGGGCUCCUUCGCCUCCUUCAGUACCUGUGGUGGAUUGAUGGGGUUUAUUCAGAUUAAUGAGGACUUCAUAUUUAUUGAGCCUCUCAAUCGCACUUUGGCUGUGACAGGUCAUGCACACAGGGUGUACAGACGAAAAAGGUCCAUAGAGGAGAAAAGUGCUGAAAAGCCAGCUUCUCAGAAUCAGUACUGUGGUGUCGUUGCAGAUAAAAGAAAAUCCCAGAAUCAAAAGGUACCAGAAAGUGGAAGAGGAAAACGAUACUCUUACAAGUUACCUCAGGAGUACAAUAUAGAAACUGUUGUGGUGGCAGAUCCAGCUAUGGUUUCAUAUCAUGGAACAGAUGCUGCCAGAAGAUUUAUACUAACCAUCUUAAACAUGGUUUUUAACCUUUUCCAGCACAAGAGCCUUGGAGUACAAGUAAAUCUUCGUGUGACUAAGCUUGUCCUCCUUCAUGAGACUCCGGCAGAUAUGUAUAUCGGGCAUCACGGGGAAAAAAUGCUGGAAAGCUUUUGUAAAUGGCAACAUGAAGAAUUUGGCAAGAAGAAUGAUAUACACUUAGAAAUGUCAACAAGCUGGGGAGAAGACAUGUCUUCAGUUGAUGCAGCCAUACUGAUCACAAGGAAGGAUUUCUGUGUACAUAAAGAUGAACCAUGUGAUACUGUUGGUAUAGCAUACCUGAGUGGAAUGUGCAGUGAAAAACGAAAAUGUAUAAUUGCAGAGGACAAUGGUCUGAAUCUCGCCUUUACCAUUGCACAUGAAAUGGGUCACAACAUGGGGAUAAACCACGACAAUGACCACCCAUCCUGUGCAGAUGGUCUACAUAUCAUGUCUGGGGAGUGGAUUAAAGGACAGAAUCUUGGGGAUGUUUCAUGGUCUCGGUGCAGCAGGGAAGAUCUGGAAAGAUUUCUCAGGUCAAAGGCCAGUAACUGUCUGCUACAGAUGAAUCCUCAGAGCCUCAAUUCUGUGAUUAUUCCCUCCAAGCUCCCAGGAAUGACGUACACUGCAGAUGAACAGUGUCAGAUUCUUUUUGGACCAACCGCUUCCUUUUGCCAAGAAAUGCAGCAUGUCAUUUGCACCGGGUUGUGGUGUAAGGUGGAAACUGAGAAGGAAUGCAAAACCAAACUGGAUCCACCAAUGGAUGGAACAGACUGUGACACUGGAAAGUGGUGUAAGGCUGGAGAGUGUAUCAAUCGGACCUCUUUUGCGGAGCAUAUGGAGGGGGAAUGGAGCGCGUGGAGCACUUGUAGCCGUACUUGCAACACUGGAAUCAGCAGUCGACAACGCAAAUGCCCUGGUUCAGGCCUUGAAGGAGAGUGUCAUGGUCCCAUGAUGCAGUACAGAGUAUGUGAAAAUCCUUCUUGUCCUGCUGGCGUGCCUGCCUUCAGGGACUGGCAGUGCCAGGCUUUCAGUGUCAGAUCUUCAUAUCAGAAGCACGUGCACCAGUGGCAGGCUGUCAUCGAUGAUGAAAAGCCAUGUGCCUUAUUCUGUUCACCGGCUGGAAAGGAUCAACCCGUUCUUCUAACCGAAAAGGUGAUGGAUGGGACUUCUUGUGGCCAGCAUGGGUUAGACGUCUGUGCAGACGGCAGAUGCCAGAAAUUUGGGUGCGAUGGCAUAUUAGGAUCUCUGGCUCGUGAAGAUCAUUGCGGUGUAUGCAAUGGUAAUGGAAAGUCAUGCAAAGUUAUUAAAGGUGAUUUUAACCAUACCAGAGGAGCAGGUUAUGUGGAAGCUUUGGUGAUACCUGCAGGAGCAAGGAGAAUCAAAGUUGUGGAAGAAAAACCAGCUCACAGUUAUUUAGCUCUUCGAGAUGCUGGGAAACAGUCGAUCAAUAGUGACUGGAAGAUAGAGCAUUCAGGAACAUUCAAUAUUGCUGGGACCACUGUCCAUUAUGUUCGGAGAGGUCUCUGGGAGAAAAUAUCAGCCAAAGGUCCCACAACAUCACCUUUACAUUUACUGGUGCUGCUCUUCCAGGACCAGAGCUAUGGUCUACACUAUGAAUACACAAUCCCACUGGAUCCUCUUCCUGAGAAUCAGAGCUCUAAAGUACCAGAGCCUCUUUUCAUGUGGACUCAUUCUGGCUGGGAAGACUGUGAUGCUGUAUGUGGAGGAGGUGAAAGAAAGACAACAGUCUCCUGUACAAAGAUUAUGAACAAGAAUAUCAGUCUUGUGGACAGCAAAAAGUGCAAAUACUUAACAAAACCUGAACCACAGAUCCGCAAGUGCAAUGAGCAGCCAUGCCAGACCAGAUGGAUGAUGACAGAAUGGACUCCAUGUUCAAGGACAUGUGGAAAAGGGACACAGAACAGACAAGUAGCCUGCACACAGCAGCUCAGAAAUGGGACCCUAAUCAGAGCUCGGGAGAGGGAUUGCCUUGGGCCAAAGCCUGCUUCUGCACAGCGCUGUGAAGGCCAGGACUGCAUGACUGUGUGGGAGGCAGGAGUCUGGUCUGAGUGCUCCGUAAAGUGUGGUAAGGGAGUACGGCAUCGGACUGUGAGGUGCACCAAUCCCCGCAAGAAAUGUGUCUUGUCUACAAGACCUAAAGAAGCAGAGGACUGUGAGGACUAUUCCAAAUGCUACGUCUGGAGAAUGGGAGAUUGGUCUAAGUGCUCUGUCACCUGUGGCAAAGGGAUGCAGUCCCGAGUCAUCCAGUGCAUGCACAAGAUCACAGGAAGGCAUGGCAAUGAAUGCUUUUCCUCAGAAAAGCCUGCAGCCUACAGACCCUGUCACCUCCACCCCUGCAAUGAGAAAAUUAAUGUUAACACAAUAACAUCACCGAGGUUAGCUGCUUUAACGUUCAAGUGUCUGGGAGACCAGUGGCCUGUGUACUGCAGGGUGAUAAGAGAGAAGAACCUCUGUCAAGACAUGAGGUGGUAUCAGCGGUGCUGUGAGACGUGCAGGGACUUUUAUGCGCAAAAAAUGCAACAGAAGAGUUGACCUCUGUCAGGCUGGCUGGCUCUCAGCUCUUUGCAAUCUUAUUAUUUAUAAACACACACACACAUACACACACACACACACGCACGCUUCUUCAGACCAAAUAUUAUCAGAUUACAUAUAAUUUAAUCAAAUUAAUUUAUUUUUGCCUGCUAGACAUCCUUAAUUGUUGUGGUUAGACAGCCAACUUGUUUUAUCCUCCGAUGUUUUCAUAAUUAAUUUUUAUAUGAACAAUUUUGGAUACAUUUAUCAGAAUUUUUAAAAAUAGGAACUAGUAUUUUAAAUGUUUAUUUUCAGUAGGGUCGUCUCUCUGUUGCCAAAAAAAAAAAAAAAAGGCAUGUUAUCUUGAGUUUAUUUUAAUUUAGCUGAAUAGUUUUGUUGUAUAUGGAAAUAAAGCCCUUUUUAAUUUUAUAUUUUUGGCAUUCAGAAUCAGAAUGAUCUUGUGUAUUUUGCAACAGAUGUUGAGGUGAGUAAGCUAACAUUAUUGAACAGGUUAUUACAGAAUGUAUUGUGAAAUUAGUUCAUUUGAUUUAGAAACAUACUGAAGGGGAUAAUCUACUGUAACUUAUAACAUAUUAUAAACAAGAAAAUUAAAAUAGCUAAGUAGGGAUUUUGAUCAUUCUCAUGGACACAUACUUGAACACAAGUAUUGAAUCAAUGAAACACUGUAGAGAUUUACACUGAAUCACUGUUGCACUGUUUGAGGUAGUGUAGAGAAAUGCAGUCCUAGAACUUGUACCAUCCUAUGAAUCCACGUCUGUACUGUUUUAAGAUGUCACUUGAUUUUAAACGUUUUGAAACAAAAAACCCAUGCCCCACUAUACCUUUGUGUGUCCUCUUGCAGAUUUACAAAUGGAAGAGUCCUUCCUCCUGCCACUUGUAUGAAUUAAUCUGUUAAACAUUUUCAGUUUAAAUGAAAAUAGCUUUGUAAUACUACUUUAGUUUUAUCUUUGUUUUAUGAAAAAGUCUUUAUAAAAAUGAAAUGUUUUACAGUUCUGUGAAACGUUAUGAAACAGCUAAAAUUUUCCUUAUGAGAAAAUACUGUACAUGAUUCACAUGAUUUUUACAUUUUCAAUAAAAAGUAAAGCUUCUUUUGUUAUUUGCA